GUGCACUUAAAAAAGAGCUGUGUCGAAGGACAGGUAGGAGCAAAAGGUCAAUAACUAGGAUAUGGUUCUGAAUCCAAAGUAAGCCAAUAAAACAAAAAUGGCGGAUUUAUCAAGUAGCUGAUAGCAACUGGCUGUAUUUUGAGUGACUUUGUUUUGCGACGUUGGAAGAAAUAUAAAAAGCCUGGAAUUAGUUUGCUGCAAUAAAGGUAAAAGUAGAUAAUUGAAUGAUUGAAUCGCCAAGAUGGAUGCUGUGUACAUGAUCUUCGUUGUUUUGGUUUUAUCGAGCUGUACCGGAGAAAAGCAGAAUACCAAAUCGCACGAUUAUUUCACAGCUCUUGUACACAUGCAGCCAUUGAUUAAGAGGGAGCAAAUGCUGUCGGAAUACUUUGUAGAACUUGUGAAAAAGCAGGAAGAGAAGCUAGAUAAAAUGGAGAAAAUCACACAAGACAUUGAACGAGUUGUACCAAAAGAAGAUGCCAGUCAAACAGAAAUCACGGAAUUUCUAGGUAAUCCGAUAAAUGCCAUGAAAACCAUACAAAGGUUUAAUGAUGUUUGGGCAAAUAUGGCUGUCAUGUUUUCUGGUGAGAACACAACGUUAGCAAAGCAAAGGGAAUUGAAACGUCUCUUAUCUAUAUACCAACGAGAUUUCCCAACAGAAAAUGACGUAAGAGGUGCCAUUGCUGCCAUUUUUAGAAUUCAAGAUCUGUACAAAAUUUCGCCUCAAACAUUUUCAGAUGGAUUCGGCCCAAGAGCUCAUCGCCUGAUAAUGGAGGAGAUAUUUGAACUUGGAUUUAUUGCACUUGGCGCAGAAGACUACCGUCACGCUAAAGUUUGGCUUCGGGAAGCCUACGAAAGGUUCCAUCCUGAGGCUGCGCAGAUUGGAUUUGUUGAUAAAGCAAGUCUUCUGGAAUAUUUGGCUUGGGCAGAAUACAAAACUGGAAACAUCGAGCAAGCCAUCGAGCUGACAGAAAAGGUUCUGGAGAUAAAUCCCGAUAGCGAUUCUGCGAAUACCAAUAUUGAAUUCUUUGAAGAAGACUUUGCUAAAAGACAGAAUGAUCCAAAAUCUCACUGGCAGUAUGAACCACCCAAGUUCCCCUGGACCGACAAAUACCAAAGGAUGUGUAACGGCGAAGAAGACUUGGAACCAGAGGAGAAAAAGAAACUUUUUUGCCGGUAUGAAACACCAAGUCCCGUGUUUAUUCUGAAACCAGUCAAAGCAGAAAUGGCAUUCUCGGAUCCCCGUAUUAUGAUCUAUCAUGAUUUCAUAAGGGACAGAGAAAUUGACUAUCUUGAAAAUCUAGCUCAAAAGAAGUUGAAGAGAGCUACUGUUCAUGACCCGAUUACUGGCAUUCUUACUUACGCGGAAUACAGAGUGAGUAAAAGCUUCUGGAUCAGGGAGGAUGAAGACGUAGUUGUUGGUACAAUUUAUAAGAGAGCACAAGAGCUGACUGGCUUGGAUUUUAUGUUCUCGGAGCCCUUGCAGAUUGUCAAUUAUGGUAUUGGUGGCCAUUACGUACCACAUUUUGAUCAUGCGCCGGAAACGCAUAAGGAAUUUAAGAAAGGAUGGAGAAACAGAAUAGCCACAGCGUUGUUAUAUAUGUCUGACGUCCUUCAAGGUGGCAGCACCGUCUUUGUAACAGCAGGAAAAGGUGCUAUAACGAAACCGAAAAAGGGAGAUUUGGUAUUCUGGUACAAUUUAAAGAAAUCGGGAAAAGGUGAUGACAGAACACAACAUGCAGCAUGUCCUGUUGUCCUUGGCACAAAAUGGGUUGCCAACUUCUGGAUACAUGAAUAUGGCCAAGAGUUCAUAAGGAGAUGUGGAUUGAACAGAGAUGAAUAAAUUCAGCACCAUUCCUUCUCGACAAAAAUUUACAAUGACUUGUUAAGGAUUGACAGAAUUGUAUAUUUC